GUCUCAAUAAUGACUUCUCGAAUCUUUGAAGGAUCCACCUUGGCCAGCGAUUAUGCCCGGUAUCGUCCAAGUGUUCCAGCAGUAGUGACUGAAUCUGUUAUCAAACAUAUCAGAGAAGCCACUGGUCCUAAGCUCGGGUUGGUAGUUGAUGUCGGGUGUGGAUCUGGUCAAUUCACCCAAAGUCUUGCUCAAUAUUUCGAUAGAGCUUUAGGAUUUGACGUCAGUGAAGCGCAGAUUGAAGAAGCAAAGAAACACAAUAAAUUCAGUCAUGUCGAAUACAGCAUCUCUCCAGCCGAGGAAUUGCCAUUGGAAAGUGGUUGUGUGGACCUGUUGACUGUUGCAUCUGCAAUCCACUGGUUCGAUAUGCCUACUUUUACACGUGAAGUUGAUCGUAUAUUGAAACCUGGAGGGUGUAUCGCCGUCAUUGGCACUUAUCGCAUCCGGACUAUCGACCACCAAAAUGCACUUAUCAAAGCAAGGCUGAUAGAAUGCAGGGAGAAAUAUACACGAGAGCUGAACAACUACAGAGUCAUAGAUCAACAGACGUACUGCACUUUUUAUGAUACAUUGGAAUUCCCGUCCUACGAUAUGAAAAGGUAUUCUUUGGAAUACGUCCGCACACUGACAGCUCCAGCUUAUAUCAACUUUCUGCAAACAAUCUCGUUUUCCAUUAAGUACCAUGAACGAAAUCCCAAUACAACAUUCUUCGACGAAUACAGAGACAGCUUACACUCUAUCUUGGUUUCCGAGGGAGAGGAAAAUGAGGCAUCUUUCCAGCUCACGUGGUUCUAUGACGUUUUGAUUGCUAGUAAACCUCUUACACAGAGUUAAGCCGCAGAACAUUUUGGUUAUCUGUUUUAUUGAAAUGAUUUUGAUAUCCAUAACAAUAAUAAGAAUGUGAUUUUAUAGUGAGUUGUAAUCAGGGUGUGAAAUCUCUGAUGCUCUAGUAUGCGCGCAAAUUAUAUAAGCAAUUAUAAUAUAUAGCCUGCUGCCCCCGUUGUAUUUCUUUUUAUGCAACCCACUUUUCAACAAAAAAUGAAAUGAAAUGAAAUAAAUAUGAUGGCGAAAAUAAUGUUACGCCACUUGCGAAAAUCUCAUGUUUUCUCGGUCGGACUCAUUAAUAAGAUAAAUUUGUAUAGCGCAGGCACUCUACUGCGCUUUGGUCAGUUACUGUAAACGCUUUCCUUCAUGCACAGAAUGUGUCUUAGGGCCUUUUCAUACGUGAAUCUUGAAUCAUCAUUGUAAUGAUGAUUGUUAUUGUAAUCACAGGGGCGGAAAUCUCUCCCAAAAGGUAGGGGGGACACAGGGGCGGAUCCAGCCUUCGCCAAUAGGGGGGGGGCGAAAAUUUGUUUCAGCCAUAUUUUCCCCGAUCGGCAGCUCGAAGAUGAUUUGUGUUUGUUUCUUUGAAGGGGUAGUCCUCAUCAGUCACUUCUAAGCUUUAUUCUUAUAAAUUCAUAUAUAAUAUCAUAAUCCUUAAUUAUAUGAUGCGAGCGCGUAGCGAGCUAAUAUUUUGGAAGUUUUCAUGUAUUUUUUCUUAAAAUUUGAACAUUCUGGGCAAUGUUUGUUAUCCUGAAAAAAAUCUGUAUGCAACUUAAUAAUUACUACGAACGCAAAGCGCGAGCAAAAAUGAACUGAUGGAAAAGAUACCUGUUAAAGACUGCGUGCAGUUAGCAUUUAACAAUCAAAUAAUGCGAGCGCGAGCUGAUUUUUUUUUACAUUUUCACCUAAAGAAUGGAAAUUCUAAGCACUUUUUGUAACUCAAGCAGAAUAGGUAUAUAAGAAGACAAUUGAUGCGAUCGCGAAGCGCGAGCGGAAAAUUUCGAGAUUUAGUCCUUUAAUAUUUACUGAACGAGACACUCUAUUCAUGUUUUGUAAAUCAUGAAAAGGAUGAGUAUUAGUCAUGCGAGCGCAUAGCGCGAGCAGAAAAUUUUUAUAUACGUACCUGUUGAAAAGGUACCUGUUACGAACUACUUGCACUUAGCCAUGAAGGCGUUACAUAUUUCAUCAAUCAAAAAAUGCGAGCGCAAAGCGCGAGCUGAAAAUUUCUAAAGAAAGAAUGGAAAAUUUUAAUCAAUUUUUGUAAUCGUGAACAGGAUAGCUAUAUAAUUCAACAAUUGAUGCGAGCGCGAAGCCCGAUCAGAAAAAAAUCGAGAUUUAGACCUAAAAAUGGGCCACCCUGUUCAUGUUUUGUAAACAGCCAUAGGCUGAUCGAGGGAUUUUUACCGUGUUUAAAUAAAAUAAAUCAAUCAAAAUCAAUGUUUUGUAAAUCAUGAAAAGGAUGAGUAAUAGGGGGUCUUCCUACAUUAAUAAUGCGAGCACAAAGCGCGAGCGGAAAAUUUUGAUAUUGUGAUCUGAAACUGGAUAAUGAUUCAAAUAGAGAACAAGUUGAGUAUUUUAAUAAACAUGCGCGCGCGUGUUUCAUAUUUAGACCUAGAAUCUAGGCAUUCUAAAUACAUCUUUUAUCAUGAAAAUCAUGAAACUUUGAUACUCCGAUUUGAAAAAAAGAGUCAAUUACAGCUUUAUAUUUCAAGCACUUUGUAGGAAAAUUGUAAGGUGGAUAUGGAUUGCUCUUAAAAAAAAGAGCUAAAAUUGUUAUUAUUAUUACUUUGAGUUUUGACAUAGGACCGGGACAUCCUUACGACAUGUCAUGAAAAUGAUGACUAUCUUCCUAUUCCUCUUGCUAAGCGCGAGAUGAAACAAAAGGGACAAUUUAGUUAUUAAAUUAAUAUCAUAUUUAUUAACGCCUAAUGAGGGCGCGAAAUCUGAUG